CUUUUGCCAUAAAUCAGCUGAUUGCAAAAUGACAAUUGUAAGGUGUUUUAUUUUGCAAAUUUACUGAUUUUAAAGAAAUUAUGGCUAGUCCAGUUAAUGGAAUAAAGAAUUUUAAAGUUGUGCUGCUAGGGGAAGGCUGUGUAGGCAAAACUAGCUUAGUUUUGAGAUAUGUUGAGGACAAAUUUAAUAAUAAUCAUUUACAAACUAUUCAGGCGUCAUUUCUGAAUAAAAAGAUAAAUAUUGAUGGAAAAAGGCUGAAUUUGGCUAUUUGGGACACAGCAGGACAAGAAAAAUUCCAUGCCUUAGGGCCAAUUUACUACAGAUCAUCAAAUGGAGCAGUAUUAGUGUAUGAUAUUACAGAUGAAAAAUCAUUCCAACAAGUGAAAACUUGGGUAAAAGAACUGAGAAAGAUGCUCGGAAAAGAUGUUUGUCUAAUAAUAGUAGGCAAUAAAAUCGAUCUUGAGAAAGACCGGCACGUUUCUCUCGAAGAAGCAGAAGACUACGCAAAUAAAGUUGGGGCAGUCCAUUUCCAAACAUCAGCUAAACUUAACCAAGGAGUCGAAGAUAUGUUUCUUGUGUUAUCAAAAAACAUGCUAAGUAUAAACGAACAAAAAGAAUCGUUAAAUAACUCGUUAUCAAGGCAAAACUCGCAAAGAAGGAACGUCGUGGUAGUCGAUGACGAACAAGAACAAACGGCAGCCACGAAAUCGUGUUGUGGUUCCUCAGGAUCGUAAGGGAUUUAUUGUGUCAUUUAUAAUAUUGCGUUAUACUCGAGAGAAGAUGAUUCUUCUAAGAAUUCGCAUGAUUUAAGUAAAUAAUUUGUACAUAUUUUUAUUAAUUUGUUUACUUUUAAUGUGAUAUAUCAUUAUUAUAUGUAUAUUUAAAGAAAAUAAUAAAUUUUUAAGCCUCAA